CAACUAAGUUCCUUCUCAUCACUUUGCUCUUUUGAUCCUUUCUUUCUCUCUUCCAAUACAGUCUCUCUCCCUCUCUUGGUGGAUGCACCACAAGGGUCCAUCAUGUGUAGAAAAAUAUUAUCACACAUCAUUUUGCUGGUUUCUUAUAUAUGCCCUCAGUAUCACUUUCCUGGAAAAUAUGAUUUGAGAAUAAUGAUACAGCAGAAGAGUACGUGCCAAGUUGGAACUUGGGAGAUUCUGUGAUUUUUCUUUUCUUCUUCUCUUUCAUUCUCAUUUUCCUGGAAAAUAUUGAUGGAGGACAAGAAACUGGAACUGAGGCUUGGCCCUCCAGGAGAUGAUCAGAGUUCACUUCUUUCUCUUGGCUUCAAUUCUUCCAUGCCUUCAAACAGCUCUGAGAGAAGCAACAGCGAUCAACUGACUCAUGAAAAACAGUGCAAAAAGUGCAGAAUGGCAAUGGGUACAGGCAUUGGGUGGCCACCAAUUUGCUCAUUUAGGAAGAAUCUUGCAACCAGCAGCAGCCCAAAGGCAGCAUUGGACUCACAGAAUAAAGCUUCAAUGCAGCCGGGGGAUAGGAAAGCUGGAAGUCUUGAAAACAGUCUGUUUGUGAAGAUCCACAUGGAUGGAGUACCCAUUGGAAGAAAAAUAGACCUCAAAGCCUACAACAACUAUCAAACACUUUCUUCAGCUGUGGAUGAACUCUUUAGAUGUCUUCUUGCAGCUCAAAUGAAUCACUCUGCCAGAGUGAAACAGGAAGAAGUAAUGGUGGAGUCCCAUACCUUCAGUGGUCUACUAGAUGGAAGUGGGGAAUACACUCUGGUUUAUGAAGAUAAAGAAGGAGACAGAAUGCUUGUAGGGGAUGUUCCAUGGCCAAUGUUUGUCUCGACGGCAACGAGGCUGCGGGUGUUGCGAAGAUCUGAACUCUCAUCUCUGCAACUAUAUGAAUUUUAAUUCGUCCGUUAUUUCUAUAUAUGCCCUUAUAUUCUGUAAGACCUUUACAACUAAUAUCAUAUUUAUGUGUCUCCGACUUCUUUUAAUUCAAUGUUUUAUAAUUUUAGACCGGAUUGUGUGCUCAACAGAUAGAAAUUAUACUUUGCCGGAAAGAAGAAAUGCACAAGCACCUGAUCCUCAACAGAGGUAUGAAGAUUGAGCUCAAAUGUGAGGGAUUUACAUUCUAAUAAGCAGCUGCAACAAAAAUUGCAGCUCUGUGUAUAUACUGUUGAUAAUCUCUUGGCUGGUAAUGUAGCAAAGUUUGCCAAGCAAGGGAUAACAACAGACCUAGAGAUUAGGAUGUCUGGAAGAAGGCUCGGACGUAAAAUCCUUCCCUGAAUAGCACAUAAAAAGCCACCGAAAG